CGCUGUUAAUGGAUGCCAAUGUAAUGUUUUUACUCACAGUAAGAUGUCAGGAAAAACCCAUACAUGAGUCUUCUCCAAGGAUGAGUUGAUUCGAAGAUACAGUUGCAAAACUUGGUAAGUAUUUAUCCAGCUGAGUAACCAUCACCGUCUAGGCAUCUAAUCUAUGGUGCCCUGCACGAGUCAAUACCCCGCCACCUCACAGACAAAUCCAUGUUUGUAGCAGUGGAAUUUUUUAAGCUUUGAAACUAAGAACAAUCGGAACGUGUUUUAAUUCCAAAUAUUUUAAUGUAAUCAAGUUCUUAAACUAUUAUUAAUUUUCUACUUAAUUAUUACAUUAAUAUUUUCUGCUUGAUUCCCUUCUCUAUCAAGUCUUUGCCUUAAAGAAAACCCACUUCAGCCUUUGUAAUCAACAACCCAUCAAAUCACUGUCAGGGUUUGUUGGAGGUGGUUUUGUGUGUCGAUAACGGAGAUGCUAAUUCAGUAGAGAUUCAAGAUUUAUACAGAACUAGACCCUUCGCAGUGUAUGUGAAGGAAAGACUCGUUUUUGGAAAAUGAUAUUUCUUCAGCUAACAAGUUCUGAUAACAUUUGGUAUGAGACGGUUUGCUUGCUGCUGAAACUGUAAAAUCUUGGGUGCAUUAAUUCAUUUGUUUCUAUUUAGCAAGUAAAUAUGCUGAAGUAUUUUUUGAAUCUAAUGCAAAUUAUGGCAGGAGAUAGGUACCUGGUCUGGCUUACUCUGGUCUUGCACUGGGCAAAAUUAUAUUGUGUAGCACAAUGUGCUUCGCCAAGGAUGUUGUGCUGAGACUAAAUAUGUAGUGUGCAUUCAAUGUUAUGGACAUUCUUUUCUUUUUUUGGUUUAAUUUAUGCGAAUUUAACUCUCAUGGUAUGAUAAAAGUUUGCCUUUCUUAAUGGAAUGACUUCAAAUGAAUGCUCACACUUUCAUUUGCCUAAUGUACCAGCAUUUAGGGCUUGUUAUUAAUGGCGGACCUUAAAGAACGCCUGCUCCCUCCAAAACCAGCAUCAGCUAUAAACCUUAGAGAUUCAUCUUAUCGACCAUCUGCCUCUGGACGCCAACCUUUCCAAGGUGUUGAUGUUCCGGGUUUGAAAAAACGUGGCCAAGGCCUUCGAUCAUGGAUUCGUGUUGAUUCAUCGGGAAAUUCCCAAAUUAUUGAGGUUGACAAGUUCACAAUGAUGCGUCGUUGUGACCUACCUGCUCGUGAUUUACGCCUGCUUGAUCCUCUUUUUGUUUACCCCUCAACAAUCCUUGGUAGAGAGAAGGCUAUAGUUGCAAACUUAGAGCAGAUUCGGUGUAUUAUUACGGCUGAUGAGGUUCUGCUCCUAAAUUCCCUUGACAGCUACGUGUUGCAGUAUGUAGUGGAGCUACAAAGACGAUUGACGACACGGGGGGUAGGUGAUGUAUGGCAAUCAGAAGGUGCUGAACUGAAUCGAAGGAGAAGUAGGAAUUUUGACAGUGUAUUUGGGAAUACAUCCCCUGAUUAUUUGCCCUUUGAGUUUAGGGCUCUUGAAGUUGCUCUGGAAUCUGCUUGUACAUUCCUUGAUUCUCAGGCAGCAGAAUUAGAAAUUGAAGCAUACCCAUUACUAGAUGAACUGACAUCAAAGAUCAGUACAUUGAACUUGGAACGUGUACGGCGGUUAAAAAGCAGACUUGUUGCUUUGACUCGGAGGGUUCAGAAGGUAAGAGAUGAGAUUGAGCAGCUCAUGGAUGAUGAUGGAGAUAUGGCCGAAAUGUUUCUCACUGAAAAGAAAUGUCGGAUGGAAUCAUCAUUCUAUGGUGAUCAAUCUUUGAUGGGAUUUAGGUCAAAUGAUGGUGGGACAUCUAUUUCUGCUCCGGUUUCUCCUGUUUCAUCACUUCCUGAUUCACGAAAACUUGAGAAAAGCCUGAGCAUUGCAAGGAGCCGACAUGAGAGUAUGAAGAGUACUGAAAGUGCUACUGAGAAUAUAGAAGAGCUGGAGAUGUUGCUAGAAGCGUACUUUGUUGUCAUUGAUAGCACCCUGAACAAGUUGACAUCAUUGAAGGAGUACAUUGAUGACACGGAGGAUUUCAUCAACAUUCAGCUGGAUAAUGUCCGAAAUCAACUGAUCCAAUUUGAGCUUCUACUCACAACAGCAACAUUUGUUGUCGCCAUUUUUGGAGUGGUGGCAGGUAUCUUUGGCAUGAACUUCGCCAUACCAUUGUUUGAUGAUGCUGGUGCAUUUAAGUGGGUCCUCCUAAUUACUGGAGUAACUGGAGUCAUCAUAUUUUGUGCGUUCAUGCGGUUCUUCAAGUACAGAAGGCUUAUGCAGCUAUAGACUGUUAGGAAAAUGCAAUUAGAAAUGAAGAAAUGUAUGUAUUUCCAUCGCUGCUACUAUUAUUUAUUACUUAAUGGUUGAAAUGCAGAAUAGAAAAUGGAAGGUUGAUUCCCUGCUAUUUGCUUCAGAUAAUAUUUUCAUGUUUACUCAUAGCAAAUGGAAAUCGACACAAGAAGUCAUGGAGGAAGGCAAAUAUGGGACCUUCAUUUUCAAUAGUUCAUAUUUAUCUGUGGUUGAUGAUAACAACCUUACUACGUUUCAUGUGGUAACCCUGUGGGAAAACUACCAUACAUUGGUAAUUGAUUUGCCAUGGAUGGAUUAUAAUAGUAGAAUUAUGAUUUACUUUUUAAAAAACCA